UACAUAAAAUUUGUAUGUAUAUACAAAGCAUGGUUUCUCUGUAACCAUCCACAUUUAGGAGGCUUCCCAUAUAAAAUUCCAAGUAUUCUUUUGUCCUUCUUCCCUCUUUCUCCACAUCUUCUUCUUGUUCUUUAGCAGCUAUGGCAGCUCUCUCCAAGUUCUUGUCUAACCUCUACAGUAUGUGCAUGGUGUUCUUCACUCUCUUCCUUCUCGAAUUGGUAAUCCUUGUCAGAUCAAUCACCGGAGCAAAACCCAAUUCGGAUAAAUGCGUAAUCACGACGACCCAGUAUCUCAAACUCAUCGAGGAAAAAAACCCAACAAGGUUUUUCUCGGAGAGAUUGAGGCUGGAGCUGCCGGAAUGUUCGGUUUGCUUGUCGGAGUUCGAAGAAGGAGACAAGAUCAGGAAGCUCCAAUGCAAGCACACUUUCCACCUGGACUGCCUUGACAGAUGGCUGCAGCAAUAUUGGGCCACGUGUCCUCUUUGCCGGACGAAGGUCUUGCCGGAGGAAGUCGUUGCCGGUUAUCACCGGAUGAGGAACCGGGUUGAGUAUGAUGGGAGUGAUGAAGAGAUGAUUUUCUUCUUGUCUGCAUUACAUGGGAAUAGCUUGCAUAGAUACUUCUGAAUUAUUUAUUUUAUUAUUUUUUUCUGAAUUUAAAUAUUUUUCUAGAUAUAUUAUAUACUCCUUUUUUGUUUUAGAA